AAAAAACGAAAGCAGGAGCAGCUGCUGGUACAUCUACAGAUGCUGUUACAUGAUGCUGGAGAGGAUCCUCAACCGACAUGUGAAGUCUUGGACUAUUUCAUGAGGAGACUCAGCUCACAGCAAGCUUCAGCAAGAAAGCUUGCAGCAAAGGGUUUGAAUUUGGUGCUCACACAACCUAACAGAUCACCUGGCUCAGAUGAUGAUGACCUCCUGGAGAAGGAAACUUCCGAACACAGCUGGUUGUUAAAGUACAUGCCACUACUCCCACACUUUGAUGUGGCAAAAUCCCAAGCUUGUUUCGUUCUCAGACAGGCCUGUCAUGUUGAGAAUGAUCCUCUGGCUAUCAGUGCUUAUGUCCACUUCCUGUCAGCUUACAGUCCUGUUGAUGACCAACAGAACGUGGGAGACCUUGCCUUGGACAUGGCCCAGAUGAUUGUUGAAAGACCAACAAUCGUCAACUGUAUCCUUCCCUCCAAUGGAAACAGUAGUAGCAGGAAGAAUUCUUUCCUCAUAGCAAUCUCUAAAAUCUUCACUACAUACCUGAAACAGGUACAGCGACCAUCUAAGGAGGCCUAUGCCUGGUCAGAAUCACAAGGGCAUAUUCUUGUUCAGUGGGCUAAUGGCCAAGCUGCCAUAAUGCACAUUCUGGUUGUUCAUACCAUGGUGAUUCUUCUGACUUAUGGACCUCCUGAAGGAGACCAGAGCCAUUUUGAAGAAAUGAUGGAAGCAUGGUUUCCAUCUGAUUCUGAACCUCCUCAAGCUUUCUUGGUUGAUACUUCUGAACAAGCUCUUCUCCUACCUGACUGGUUAAAGCUGAGGAUGAUUCACUCAUAUGUUGAUAUUCUUGUAGAUGCUGCCCUGAAAGAUCUGGAUGCUGGUCAGCUGGUUUUAUUUGUUCAAUCAUUUGGAAUCCCUGUUUUUAACAUGAGUAAGCUUCUGAAAGCCCUGGAUAUCGCCGUGGAAUUUGACAGUAGUUCCGUUGAUCAGGCAGUUGUGGAUAAGUCUUACAUGGCUCAGCUAGUGCAGGUACAGCAUCAGCGUGGUGCUGUGGGUGGACUCAAUUUUUCUGCUUUGCUGGGAGAAGCAGAUUGUGUAGAAAUGGAUACAAAAAUGGAACCAACACCAGCCCAGACACCUGUGAUCCAGAGAGCUCCUCCUAAGCCUCCAUCUGUACUACCUAUUCCUCUUGCUUUAACACAGUUAUUUGUUGAAUCUUCUCCACUGACUGUUGGACAAGAGUUGUUUAAAGGCCUUCAGAAGGAUCUGACAGUUUCAGUUGCAAAAAAGCACUUUGAUCAAGGAGCUCUCUAUGUCUUUCUUUGUGCAUGUGAACAGUUACUCGAAGGAAAAAAUAACAAAGUUUUUGUAGAUGGACUUCUUCAGAAACGAUUAUAUUCUUGUGUUUUGUUUAGAAUAGCCACAGCUGCCUUGGCCAACACAGACAUGUCCAUCAAUCCUUUGACCAGCAAGUGUGUUUGGAUAUGCAGACAAAUCAUUACCUUAGCAGGGUCCUGUGUUUCACCUUUGUUGUCAAUUUUGCGUCAAUUUCUUAAGCAACACGGACAGAUGGAAGUACCAGUUCGGAAGGGAAAAUGCUGGAAGAAUUUGUCUCAAGUCAAACUUUCCUCUGAUAUAGUAAUUAAAGUAAUUUUGAAAGUAGAGCAGGAACAGCCAUCGUACAUUGAAGAAGCUGUCUGUGAUCUUAUCAAGGAAGGAAUUAAGCAGGGACAGAGCAAGGAACUGGUGAUUGCAUUGACUGAAGUGUUGAUCAAGAAAGUUAUGGAUUCAAGCAUCCUUUCUUUGUCAGCCACCCACCAAAUUUCUCUCUAUAUUGAUUGGUUGCAUCACCUUGAACCAGAACUAAUAGGGUCUUGUCCAGAGCUUCAGCAGCAGUUGCUGUUUAUGAAGCAUCAUGAAAGUGAAAGUGGAAAGCUGCCAAGUGACUUGCCUGUUCUCUUCCAACCUUGUUUGUGGGCUCUACUGAUUCAUCAGGCAAGCUGGGAAACAAUGAAUGGCUGUAUUAAAUCAUUGUUAGACAAGAACACUAUGCAGACAUGCUAUAACCCUACUGCUGUACUGACAUUUCUUUGGGCUUGUAUUCAUAUACCCAAGAUUUGGCAAGGUCGAGAUAAGAAAAUUCCCAAGCAUUAUCAAGAAGAAGAUAUUCUAGCCUUAACCAAAGAUCAACUUACGACAGUGGUAAACUACAUUCUAGAGGAAUCGGUAAACAUGUGUAAAACCACGGUGACACAAGGUGGUGUUGAAGAAAACUCUGCUCAUAAAAAAACUGAAGUGAAUCCAGUUGUUGCCCUCAGAGUACCACUUUUGUUGAGAUGUUGUUCAUCCUCUUGUAAAAUCAAGUUUGUUGUUGAUCAUCUCUUAGAUGUCAUCAAUAACAAAUCAGACAGCUUGUACAAAGAUUCUGGUCACCAACUGUUAGUACAGCUCUAUCUUCAAGUUCCAAGUCUUGUGUUUAAAGUGUCGGAGUUGUCAUCAGUUCUGAAAGACUCGCAGAACACAACAUCAGGACCUAGUAAGAUGGAUGUUUUCUCCCACACUCUUUUGACUUCACUAUCUUUCAUGGGCAGUAAUGACCUUUCAAAGGACAGAUUUUCUGACUUGGAGCUGGUUUGUCGCAAAAUGGCUUCCUCUCAUCCUCUCCUUGUCUUGAGACAGCUACCACUGAUAUCUGUGCUACUUUGUGGGAGGGUCAACUUGGAGUUUUCCACCUUCAUUUCACAAAGACAUAUGAACCUCUUAACCUGCAUGCUGGGCCUUUUGGAAUUGUUGGUUCCUCAUCUCUUCAGAUCAGAGUAUGCCUCGGCUCUGGCCGACACCUUGGAUACUUACAUGGAGAUUUUUGAAAUCCACGGUACACAGAGAGACCUAGUUUCCUUAAUGAAUCGUUAUCUCCAGCUUCUACAGCAGUAUUUGUCUGCCAGCCCUAGUUCUGCCCGAGCCUUCCUUCAUCGACGGCAGUCCACUCUGAUGUAUUUAUCAGCCCAGUAUCCAGAUUUGUUGAGUUUAAAGUCACUAAUGACCGGGAUUUCUGUAACCUCCACCGACCUGUCCUCAUCUAUACAUGAAAUGGAUCGAGAAAGUGACAGGGGUGAGAUCAAAGGUCAGACAACAACCACAUCAAGUCGCUUUUUGAGGACCUCUUCUGCUUGGACCCAAGCUCAACUCGCUCCUUUGGCUGCCAGAUUGUCACAAACUAAUCACCCAGAAGACAUAGCAGCUGCUCUACAUGAACUGAAAGCUGUGGCUGACAAGAGACCAGCAAUAUUGGAGCAUUUUGUGGAUGAUCUAAAACAGUUGAUGCAAUCUCCUUUUGACAGCUGUCAUUCUACUGCCUUUCACUUGGUUUUAUAUCAUUUGAAGACUAAACCUGGGUGUUGCAAGCAGUAUCUAUCGGCAUUUCUGCAGUGUUUGGAAAGUAAACAUCCAAAUGUGGUACUAACGGCUGUGGAAUGCCUUCCAGAGUUUGUUGUUCUUGCUCAAGAGUAUGCUACUGUAGUUCUACAGAAAGCAUUUCUCAUAGGAAUUACCAGUAACCUGAACACAGCUCCUCAGAUCUCUAAAUCGAUCAAGCUACUUCACUUGCAGACUGGAAGCUAAAGUUCAACACUUUCCCAAAGAUUAUGAGGUUUUGUAAUAUGUACAGAUAUUUAUGUCCAUGGAUGUGAUGCUUCUUUCUUGGUGUAAACAUAAUCAAUAAACAGAAAUAUUCACAAACUUAGUAUAA